AUGGAUAGAGUUGAAAUGGAUGUGCUGGACAUGGCCCUGGCAAGGCCUCCCAGCAAUGCAAUGGAGGAAAUCCAAGCCUACUGGCAGUACCUGGAGUGCACCACGCCGUACUGCCAUGGAUGGCUUUGGAGGAGUCAGCAGGCAGAACAGCCAAAGGCCUUGUUCAAACUGCAGAAACUGGUGGAAGCAGUGCUGAAAGUCAGCCCUUCUGCCCAAAUAAAAUAUGGGCAGCUCAGGCAAAGCUUGCAGAUAGCUUGCAAGAAGUUUGGGAUGGAACUUCUUUCUGCACACUGGCAAGUGGAAAAUGCCCAUUUGCCUGGCAAGGCUGCAGAUGCCUUGGGUGUCAUGCUGAAGCACUGGAGAAGGGUGACAGCUUCUCAGACUGCCUGGGACAAAUUUGGCAGAAAGCUUGAAGAAAGUCAUUUCAAGCAGCUGCAAAGGCUUUACAAAAUGAUGCAGCAUGGGGGCCAAACUGGGAAAGCCAAAAGGGAGCUUACAGCCCACAUCAGUGAUGUGACAGUGGAUUCCACAGGCAUGCCUGCUAUGUUGAAAGCAAGCAGUGAGGAAGGUGAGGAAAACAUUUCAGGCUUUGACAGCAAGGGCAGCCUGAUGGAUAGCCCACCUCCUGUUGCAAAAGGUCUUUGGAGGGAGAUGGCAGGCAAACCUUUGAAGAAAAAACCUGCUACAAAAGCAAAAGAAGGCCUUGAAAAAGGCAAAGCCUUGGAAAAAGGCCAGGCCCUGCAAACAGGCAUAACAAAGAUGUCUGCCCAGGAUGGGGGUGAUGCACAACCUGACUGGAGUGCUGAUGGAGACACAGAUGUCAAAGAACCCAAGCAGGAAGAAGUCAAAAAGAAAUCACCUCCCAGAGAGGCCCAGCCCAAUGAAAAGAGCAACCCACCAAAGCAGUCACCCAGCCCUGCCAGGAUAAACCCACCUGCCAGGAAGAACCCACCUGAGGAGAAGCCUGUGAAAGGUGGCUGGUCAAGGUCUUCUUGGCAGCCUGAGGAUUCCUGGGAGGAUGGCUGGGAUGACAGCUACUGGGGUCAUGGCCAAAAAAGUUGGCCAAGAUGGGAAGAUGACCAAUGGUCUUCCCAUGGCAGAAAGGGGUGGGAUGAUGAUGAUUGGGGAAACCACCCCAAAAAGGGUGAGAGUCAAACCAGUGGCUCCUCCAAGGAAAGGAAAAAACUGGAGCAGCUGAGGCAGCAGUGCCCCCAAACUGAUGAUGAGGUGCUGAAGCUAGCUGCUAUGGGAGGCAGCAGGUUCAAAAGGCUCCAAAAAAGACAGGAAGAAAGAGAAGAAAAAAGAGAGCAAGCUGAAAAGAUGAAGAACCUGGAGAGCCAAGUGAGCCAGCUGCAGGAAUGCAACCUGCAAUGGAUGCAAUACCACCAGCAGCAGCAGUACCAACAAGCUGCAUGGCAAGCAGCUUCUGCCUGGCCAACCCAAGCCUAUGUGCCAAUGGCUGCAGGGCCUAUGCAAGGCCAGCCCAGUGGAAAAAGCAGGAAGCAUGAGCAGGCUGCCAGCCCUGCCACUGCAAGCUCCAGUGCAGAUGCUGGACCUCCAACCACAGGUAUGGCCAAAAGAGACUCCCUGAGGCCAAAAGCAGCCAGCAGGCCUGAGAAGGCCACCUAUGCAGAAGUCCUGCAAAGAAAUGAUGAGAAUAGAAAAGGAGAGGGAUCAGAGCAGCACAAGAAGCAGCUGCUGUCCAUCUACCUCAAGUCCAGAGGGGAUCUGAAGAAGGGCAACCAGUAUGCCAAAGAGUUGGUGGAGAUCAGUGAGACCACUGGCAGCAAGGAGACAUCAGAAUGGGUGCCAUUCAAUGUCAUCCUUCAAAGAUAUGGCCUCAAGGAGGCAAUGCGCAGAGCACCUUUGGCUGCAUGUUGUGAAGUCACUAGGGGGGAUCCAAAGGACAUGGAAGAGUGGCAAUUUGCCUUGGAGAAAGAAGUGGCCUACAAAGAUGUGAAGAACCACCAUGCUGUGGCUUUUGAAGCCUCUCAGAAGAUGGAAGCCCUGGAGUGGAUGAAAGCUAGGCAGCAUGGCUCCAUGAAUACUGGAGAUGGGUGCCAAGGUGAAGAUGCUUUGUCUGAUGUGCUGCCUGACAAAGCCAAAAGCAAAAAGAGGGAACCACUGGCCCUGAUGGACAAAAUGGAUGAAGAAAGUGAGCAAGAGCCAGAGAAGACCCAUAGCCCCAGCAAAAAGGCAACUGCACUUCACAAGGCAGUGGAAGAUGCAGAGGUGCUGAGUGACCUUGGCAGAAGCAAGAGCAAGGACCAGGCAGCCAAGAGGGUUCAGAAAAUGAUCAAACUGAUCAAAGAUGUGAAGGGUACGGCUGGCAAUGCAAGCCAGAAGGCAUUGCAGCCUUCCCUGUCAGAGCUAGAAAAAGUUUCCAGGAAAGGAAACAAGCUGAGUCUGGAGACCUGCAAGGACACCCUCUUGGAUGCAGCCUUGGCACUGAAAAAAGUCCAGAAAGGGACCAUCCAUCCAGGCUUUAGCGAUGGCAGCUACUCAAAGUGGUGCCACAGGUCACUCCUGUCUAGCCAAAAUGUUGCAACAUCACAGUUGCUCUUGGUGGCCUUGCCAAAGGGAUGCAUCAGCAAAGGCCCUGGUGAUCCCAGCAGUGAUACCAUGCACCAUGUGUGGUCAGUGAUUAAGUGGAGCUUUGAAGCUGUGUACUUCAACAAAUUUCCAGAAGCUGAUCACAGAGGAAUUGCAUGGCCUCAGAACAGCUGGAGGUCAGAGAUGGCUGGGCAACCUUUGAACUCUGAUGGCCAUUCAGGUCUUCUUUUUGCAAUCCAAGGUGAUGCUGAAUACCUUCAGAAUGAGUUUGGCUUGACCCUGGCCUCCCAUGAAAACAUGUGUUUUCAUUGUGGGGCAAAUAAAUCGACUUUCCCCUACAAUGACUUCAGGCCUGGAGCUGCUUGGAGAGCCACCAUGGUGCCUCAUGCUGGGACAUCCCCCACUGAGCACCUGGUGUCACAAAUCACAGGUGUGACUGGAGAUACCUUUAAAUUCGACAUUCUCCACACCCUUGAAGAAGGAUUGACAGCCCACUGCCUUGCCAACUGUGCCUUUGACUGGGUUUUGAGAUCUGACUGGCCUGGGACCCAUGGUGUCAGGCUCAGAACACUCUUUGGGAAGAUAUUCACACUCUAUACUGAGUUGGGCAUUGAGAGUGAGAACAGGAUCAGGAGAUUUCCUAUGUCAGCCUUUUGCCGCCCCGAAUUCAAAUGGGACAGCUUUCCAUCCUUGAGUGGAAUCAAAGCCAAGCAGUGCAGGUGGCUAGUUCCUGUGUUUCUGCAGAUUUGUGAAGAAUACAAGGAUCCAGAAGAUUCCUAUUCUCAGCACAGAUUUGACUGCUUGAAACAUUUGAAUGAUGUCUAUGACACCAUGGACAGAGCUGGUCUGCACCCUAGCACCAAUGAUGCAAAAGCCUUCAGGAAGAGCCUGGACAAUUGCCUUCUGCACUACAGCAGACUGUCAGUGUUGAGCAUGAAAGCAGGAACCAAGGUGCAGAGUUUGCCUUUGCAGCUUCUGACAGUGAUGGCUAAAGCCUUGCAAAAGGCAUGUGCCCUGCAAAAGGGCUUAGCCCUGCAAAAGGGCUUUCAACUCUUAGCUGCACAAAUGGCCAGAGCCAUGUUGGAACACAUCCCGGAAAGAGCGAAGAGCCUCAUCCUCACUGGAGCUAUUUCUGGUAGCAGCAUGUUCUUGCUUGCAGAUGACUCAGGUGUAACCCGUCCCAACUACAAGGUUGAGCUUGCUCGGCAGGAAACCAACAAAAUGAAGCGCCUUCUAGGUCCAGGAUCUCACGACGAGAGCGUUCGAAUCUUGAAGUCCUACCUCAAGCCCAGUCCAAGUGCCCUUGCUCGACGUGAAGCUGUAGCCGAACGUGAGCCCAGCAGCGACAGUGAGGAAGAGCAAGCCCCCGUGAAUGACACAGAGUCUGACGCAGAAGAGGAGGAGGAAGAUGACGAGAACAUGAACGAUGAUGAUGUUUGUGAUCCCAAUGCUUCCAAGUCCCCCAUGAGUGCAGUUGACAGUCAGGAAAGUGCAGGGGAGUCAGAGACUGAGGAGAGCCUUGACCCUGCCCUCGUCUUUGACAGGAACCCAGAUGACUUGUCAGACUUGCCUGACACGCCCACCACAGAGUCAGGCACCACGCUGAUCUUGCCCAGGGUGAAGCGCACGCUUUAUGUCCCACCGCCCCUACCACCCGAUGAUCUCAUGAGUUCCGAUGAUGAGGACCAGGUCAAAGAUUCGAAAGGGAAGAAGGGCAACAAGUCUAGCGGCUCCGGGAAGAAGUCCAAGGCAUCCUUUCGCCGUGGCGUGAGGCGUCCCAAGGCUAAGAAGCCCAAGCGAUGGUCUGGAGCUGGUGCCCUUGAGGAGUAUGGCGAGUAUUCCUUGAAGGAUAUUCCAAUGGCUGCUCGCCCACAGCCAGACCGUAUCCACAGGGGAAAACAUUCCUACACUGUGAAAACAGCUGUCAGGGAUCCCGGGGAUGAGAUGCGAGAGGUUCUUGUGGAUUACUUACUGAGAGCAAAGGCAUACUAUGUGAAAAAAGCAGCGCCAACAGGUGAUCCAAGAAAGGAAAGCUCAGAAAUGCCGAGGCUAUCGCAACAAGCAGAAAUCGACCAUCCUUUGUGGCUUACGUGCUUUGGGGCUCCUGCAGUGAUAGCCUUCAUAGUUGCUUUGAUCUUUGCCCAGAAGGAUCUUCCUUUCAGCAGUGGUGGUCCGGUUCCCGAUCGUGAGCGAAGAGACAAGUGGAAGGAUAAGGAGAAGACGAGUAGAGAGAACCGGAAGGUCACGAGGCAGCACAGGGAGGUCAGCCCUGGAGCCGAGUGGGAACACUUCUUUCGAUUCGGAAAGAAGCAAAUCGAACACCUUGGAAAGCACAAACCAAAGGCACACCAGCUACCCAAACAUGAACCGAAAGAGAUGGUUCAGGCCUAUACUGAUGGUUCGGGCCGUUCCCGAAUCAAGGGCGGGAAGGAUCUCAAAGCGUCGCGAUCGUACCCAAGGCUAGUCCUGAAACGCCAGUUCAAAGCAAAAGGCCAUGGUACGCCAUCCUCCCACCUGAGCUGGGGUCAUGUGGCGAUUCGGGGCAAGACCUCUUCAAAGCCUGCAGUUGCACAAGAUAAGCUGAAGGUCAAAGCGAAGGAUCAAAAGAAAGAUUCAAAGAAGUCCAAGGCAAUGGAGAAGGCCGAGCGCAAGAGCAAGGACAAAAAGGAGAAAAAAGACAAGGCUUCCAAGAAGGAAAGGAAAGGCACCAAGGAGGAUGAACCAGCACCAAAGACCAAGAAGCAUUCCGAUUCAGCAGCACUUGAGAAGAAGAGGCAGAACGAGGCGAACCUGAAGGCAAUUGAAGCUGAGUCGGCCAAGAAGGAGGCCAAGAAAGCAAAGAAGGCAGAGGAUGCAAAGAAAGCAGAGGCAGAAAAGAACGCACAGGCUGCGAAGAAAGCCGAGGAUGAGAAGAAGAGGAAGGCCAAAGAGCAAGAGAAGAAAGAGAAAGCCAAGGCAACCAAGAAGAAGGAGACCCAGAAGCAGACCCAGUCUGUUCCUGCAACUCCAAUCAAAGGCAACCAGGCUUUGAUGUCUGACAAAAGCAGCCAAGGGACCCCGCAGAGUAUUGACAACCUGUCGGACAUUGAGAAGGAGCAGGAGAAAGCAAAGGCGAAGGGCAUCACACUAAAUGAGCAAUUGACCGAUGUCUCUGCAGAGUCUUUGGAGAAGCACAUGCAGAGCUUGCUCCAGGAGCAGCAGGCAAAGGAGAAAGAAGAGGCAGAGGCAGAGGCAGAUGAUCAGGAGGAGGAGGAAGAUGAGGAUGCUUCUGAAGAUACUUCAGAUGAUGAAGACCAGGGCAUGUCUGAUGAGGAUGGAGCGAAGGCGGAUGAGAGUGAGGAAAGUGAAGAAAGCGAUGAGGAGUCAUCAUCUGACAGUGAGACUUCCAGUGAGAGCACGAGCAACAAAGCAGAGUGGGACAAGUUCAGCAGGCAAUGCAUGGACAAACGAAAGUUCCCUGCAGAGUUGGCAUCACACUUCUUGCAAAGCAAAGUGUGUUUGUUCAACGAGUGGCUGUCUUGUGGAGGGGACUGGAGCAAAGUUGUCUUGAACUACGAGCGGAAGGUUGAAGACAAAAGGAAGUUCAAGAAGCAAAGGAAAGGAAUGAAGGGAAGGGACAUCAUAGCGGCCUAUGGUGAAACGACCCUAGAUGAUUGCUUAGUGGGUUGA